CCUUUGCUGUGACCCUUUCCAAACAUAGAUAGAAUUCUGAAUUCUUCCCCAACAAAAAUAGAACCCAACCCACGCAAGUUUUUCCUUUCAGCAACCAAAUAACCCAGAAAAAGAAAACCAUAAAAAAGAACAGGAAAGCCAUCAGAAAUCUCCUGAACCAGUCAGUGGGAAGCAGAUGCAAUCCACAACUGGUGGCGGUACUACCAGCAGCGGCGGCGGCGACCUCGGGCCCCGUGCUAGCGGACUCGCUCGCUUCCGCUCAGCUCCGGCCACCUGGUUGGAAGCGCUUCUAGAGGACGACGAGGAAGACCCUCUGAAGCCCAAUCAGUGCUUGACUCAGCUUCUCGCCGGCAACUCCCCGGCCCUCGGUUCCCCGCCGGAUCAAGGCCUUUUCGACGCCAAUCCCAAUCCCAAUCCCUCGCCCGCCUUCGCCCGCCAGAAUAGUUCUCCGGCCGAGUUUCUCGGCGAGGGUUUCUACUCUGCCUAUGGUGUUACUUCCGCUAAGUACGAAUUGCCCUCCCCGGGUCUCGACAUCUCUCCCACGUCCAAGCGCGGGAGAGAGGUGGAGGCCCAAAAUUUCCACUCCAAAUUUUCGUCUCAGCUGAAAAGGGAGGAAAGUGGGGUUUCCAGUUUGUUAGACAUGGAAAUGGAGAAGCUAUUGGAGGACUCUGUCCCCUGCCGUGUUCGGGCCAAGCGCGGCUGUGCUACGCAUCCUCGGAGCAUUGCUGAGAGGGUUCGCAGGACUAAAAUUAGUGACAGAAUAAGGAAGCUUCAGGAGGUUGUGCCCAACAUGGAUAAGCAGACGAACACUGCAGAUAUGUUAGAAGAAGCAGUAGAGUAUGUCAAAUUCCUUCAAAGGCAGAUUCAGGAACUCACAGAGCACCAGCGCGGGUGCAAAUGCAUGGUUAAGGAAUAAUAGGUCGAACGAAGAACGCCACUCCGGGCUCACAGAAAUCGUGGUUCCACACGUUUAGUGUAAAUUAGUAGAUUUCUGAGGACUUGAAAGGCAGUAAAGUAAAUGAAGGUGUUUUAGCUACAAAACAAUAUUGUAUUCUCUCUGGUCCUAAGGAAAAUAUCAACGUUGUAAUGCAUGCAUUGAAAUAUAUUGCAUUCCUACGCAAUAAACAGGUGUA